AUGCCAGGCGUCCGCGGCUUUUCCGCCCACCCCGCGCCGCCGCCUCCUCCGCCGAACGUGAACGCGAACGAUCUGCACAGCGCGCCGACGCCGACGUUGAACCUGGACGAGCUGAACGAGUCGGAGCAGUUCGAGGAGCCAUGGCAGAAGUGCUUGAGCGGAAUGAAUUUGGAGCAGUGCCAGCAGAUCUAUGACAGCCUCAGUCAAGAACAGAAGGACCAGCUGGCAUCAUAUGGCUUGGUGCCAGAGUGCUGUGGAUUGAGCGCGACACCCGAAGAAGCAGCGACCAUGUGUCGGUAUGUGGAGUUCAAGGGAGACGCAUCAGCCAUGGAAUUAGAGAAUGUGAUGAGGAUUUCCAAGGGUCUUCGAGGGGAUGGACUGACCUUCGCGUGUGAUGGCACCUACCGCGUUCGCCACGCGGACCCAGAGUCGCCCAUCCACAUCUUGAGCGAAUGUGGCGACAGCCGCUGCGGUGCGCAUCGGCUGAAGUUCCCCGAGGUUCGGCAGCGAUUCCGCAGCUUCAUCACGCGCAGCAUUCGGAGGUCCAAGAAGGAUGUUGCUUGGUGGAGGGAUGGACUGCAGUAUGCAUCUUUGGGCAGUGGACACCUACUCUGGGACUGCGAAAUUCUGGAGCGGAUCCGUGCUGAAGGUAUCGAAAUCCGACAGAUUUGCUUGAUUGACAUGGCUUAUGCCAAGCCUGAUGACAUCACAUUGUUGGUGCUGCAAACCUUUGCAGAUUGGCAGGCUGCGGUGGCAGAGCUUUGGGAUGAGCCAGCACCACAAGUACUAGCUUUCCCAAGUGCCCAAGCCUAUUUUGAUCAUUGCGGGCAAGGUGGAGUGGCCGCUGGCUGCAAUCUCUUUAUGCACUGUGAUGCUGCAUGGCAGGGCUCGGACGAAGAGUGCCGGCGCUUGGCCGAGAAGGCCUUGGUCUCCACGGGUCUACUAGCCCGUUUGAACAACCUCGGAGGCAAGCAGGUCCCAGAGGAGAUGCUUCUGAAAGGCCCCCAGAUGCUCCGGAAGUACUGGCAAGUGCAGCAGGAGCACAGCGAGGAACCCUUCUCAGCAGGGGCAUGGCUUUCCCACGGUGACGGUGACUUGGAACCGCUUCAGGACUACCUACUUGGAGCAGAUCCAGAUGAAAAGGCCAUGCGGCAGUUGGAGACCGACCACCGGUUCAAACAAGCGGAACGAGCACGGGCUGAAGAGAUCGGCCUCGAGGUUUGGCGCGUGAGAUCCUUGGAUCCAGUGAAGAGCCGCCAGCAGCCCAGCCCGAAUGGCCAAGCCUUUGGGGAGUUUUCCCCGGGCGAGGUGCUCAUUGCAGCUGAGAGGCAAGGGGACUGGAUCCGAGUGGCGGGCACCAGCGACCUUUGGGGAGUGGAGUACUCCGAGGAAGCCAAGAUCACCGUGGCUGCCGUGCCACAUGCGCCCGGAGUACAAGCGCAACCCACGGAUGACUCGAGCGUUUGGGUGCCCAUCGAUGGAAGCUGCCUGGACAUGCCCUCCUUUGGCCGCUUUUUGGAGCAGAUCUACGUCCCACCCGGACGAGAUCCUUGGGCUUUGGCAGAGCCAUUGGACCCCACUGAGCGUGAGAGCUUGGCAGUUCACAAAGGUUCGGUCACCCUGAAAGCUCGACGCCAGCGGCCUGAUGCCUCGGAGUGGUCCGUGGAGCUCCUGCGCUGUCCUUGGAGCUCCCACUCCCCGGGGACGGCGCGGCAACGGCAGCGCGAGCGGCUCCACUGGCGCAGUGUUUUGCACGAUUCCUGCGGUCAGAAUCGAAAGGCGCUGCUCAAAGCCCUGGGACCUGAGGAGCGGGCGCAGCUACGAGCCUUCAUCAAGAAAGAGCAAAGACGCUGGCAGGCGCUGGCAGUAGAGCUCUCUCAGAUGAAGGGCUUUGCAAGAGACUUGGAUGCAGAGGUCAUGGAUGAUCAGGGCUUUACACCUGCCAUGCUCCUGGACAGUUCUGAGCUGAGUCGAACUGCGGACUGCUUGGAGAUGGUUCGAGCAGAGCAGGGUCCGCAUGAGAAGGGGUUCAAGAUUUUGGAUAGGUCUAACCGACCUUUGGGUCGAGACGCGGUGAAAGCUCUUGGACCACCGGAGGGUGCCACCGGAGGGUCGAACUCGAUGGAGAUCGGGUACGUCAAGUUCGUGGAAAAGAUCCUGCCGAUCCUCAAGGACCAGGUGCUUCAGCUGGUGGCACCUCAAUUUCUUCAUAACGCACAAGAGUAUCGAAUACAACGCUUCGUUGAGCUGCUACCCAACUAUGAUGUUGUUUGCCUUCAAGAGCUCACCGUUUUUUGGGGCAUUGAUUCCUUCGUUGACCUCAUUCGGGCACAUGCCAGCAGCUGCGGUCUCAAACAUUUCGCCUCGAGCGGGAGAUGGCCAGACUGGCCAGCGACAUUUGCUGCGGCUGGAUUGGGCGUUUUCUCCAAGUAUCCCAUUGUCAGGAGUGAAUACUCCUCCUUUUCAAGACAAGCCUGGUUCGAGUGGAGCGCCAUCCAACGUGGCUUUCUCAUGGUCGAGCUGGAAGGUCCCGAAGGCAAGCGCAUCUCAGUCUUGAAUAUCCACACCACUGCAGGCCUGGAAGUCCUUGAGACGGGCGUGGGCGUGUCCCAAAACAAGGCCUCCGCCGUGAACCCCGUGGGCUUGGACCAGCUCCUUGAGGCCCUGCUUCGCUUUGAAGCCUUCUCGCGCGGAGCGGACCAGCGAAUCUUCUGCGGCGACUUCAACGUGAGCAAGGAUUCUCUUGCUUUCACUCGCUUUCGAGAGGAUGCGCUUCGCCGCUUGAAGCUGGUGGAUGUCUAUCCCAAGUCCCCUCCAACAUUUGCAUGCGUCGACGAGACAACGGGCAAACCCUUGGAAACGUUGCUCACCAAGCCCGGAUCACAAGGUCAUCCCCGUGUCAUCGAUCAUGUCUUUUCUGUGGCUUGGUGA